AUGUGCAUGCCGCGUGCAGGCGCGGUCGACCCAGCAGCCAGCCACCUGCUGCUAAAGCAUGGCGGCCAGACUGUCCCCGUCAGCGCCCUGCUGGACUCCCUGCCAGACGGCUCGCAGCAAUGGGGCGACGCGUGGCACGAGCUGGAGCGGCAGCAGGAGGCCGAGUACGGCGGCGCACCCCUGCUCACGCCGGAAGAGGCUUUUGGCGUGAGCCAGGGCAUGGCCCAAGUGCUGGGCGACUCGGGGGACGGCUCCAGCCACGCGCUGCUGCAGCGCCUUGCGCAGCUGCUGGAGGGCCGCGCCCUGCACCAGCUACGGCCGCUGAUGGCACACGCCACGGCAGUAGCGGGCGGGGCGGCGCCCCCGCCGCACAUAUUGGCCGCUGCGGACGCGUGCCUGUCACGGCUGCCAGCGGGGAUGGGGAGCGAGGUGCAGGCUCUGCUGGGGCGAGUGGCUGCCAGGCUGGCGCUGGCGCUCUCUGCUGAGCAGCGCGCGGCAUUCAUGGCGGCCAUAGGCUGCCAGCAGGCAGGCGCGGACCCCACGCAGCAGCAGCAGCAGCAGCAGCAGCAGCAGCAGCAGCAGCAGCAGCAGCAGCAGCAGCAGCAGCAGCAGCAGCAGCAGCAGCAGCAGCAGCAGCAGGGGCAGCAGUCGCGGCAGCAGGAAGGGCAGCAGCAGCAGGAGCAACAGCACGAGGAGGAGCAGCAUCAGCAUGAGCAGCAGCAGCAUCAGCAUGAGCAGCAGCAGCAGCAGCAGCAGCAGCAGCAGCAGCAGCAGCAGCAGCAGCAGCAGCAGCAGCAGCAGCAGCAACACCAGCAGCCGCAGCAGCUGCAGACGCUGCAGCAGGAGCAGCAGGAGCAGCAGCUGGAGCAGCAGCAGCAGCAGCAGGAGCAGCAGCAGCAGGAGCAGCAGCAGCUAAAGCAGCAGCAGCUAAAGCAGCAGCAGCUAAAGCAGCAGCAGGAGCGGGAGCAGCAGCAGCAGGCGGAGCAGCAGGCGGAGCAGCAGGCGGAGCAGCAGGCGGCUCAUGAACGGGAGAGGCAGCAGCAGCAGCAGCAGCAGCAGCAGCAGCAGCAGCAGCAGCAGCAGCAGCAGCAAGAGCGGCAGCAAGAGCGGCAGCAAGUGCGGCAGCAAGAGCCGCGACAAGAGCGGCAGCAAGAGCGACAGCAAGAGCGGCAGCAUGAGCAGCCAAGAGAGCAGGGCGAGCAGGCGCGUCAUCAAAGGAACGAGCCGCAGCACACGGGCGUGGGGGCCCCCUCAUUGAUCCGCACCGACAUGCCAAACGACUCACGGCACGCGUUUGACGACGGGGAUCGCUCUCGCCAGCCGCGCCGCCCCCGCUCGCCCUCGCCCCCGCGGGGCCGCCGGUCGCCACGCCGCGAGGGCGGCCGCGCGGAGAGCCCCGGCCCCGACCGCCGGCGCCGCCGCGAAAGGCCCCGCACACGCUCGCCCGGGCCGGAGCCGGGGCCGGGGCCGGCGGCGCCGGAGCCGGACGGCCCCGCGGCGGUGCGCUGGCUGUGGCGCCUGACUGCUCCGCAGCUGCGCUUGGACGAACUGAGUGCCCGGCAGCUGGGGGAGCUGCGCGCUGCGGCGCUGGUCCACGUGUUCCAGGAGGUGGCGCGGCGGCGCAACCCCCGGCUGCGGGACCCCUCCUGGGGCCCCGGCUCGCCCAAGUGGGCUACCCGCAAGGUUCUGGUGCCGCUGGCCUGCCUCGCGCUGCCGCCGGCGCUGAGCUGCGAGGGAGGCGUGCGCGCGACGGGGCGGCGGGAGCGGGAUGAGAGACAGGGGGAGGUAUUGGUGGAGCUGCGCCACAGCUGCAUGCAGGUGGUCGGCCGCCACGAGCUGCUGGCCCGCAUCGUCGCGGACAUCGCCGCGCGCGUCACGUCGGGGUUGGGGCCGUCGCCGUUCAAAGGGCUGGAAGGCGGGCUGGAGGGCAGGGAGCUGGUGUAUGCAAACGUCUCUGGCCCCACCUCCUCUGUCAAGUGUUGA